AUGCCAUCGUCUACUGCUACAUCUGCCUCCAUGACAACUACACAGUCGCAAAUGUCUACAACACCAGUCCCUGGAACACAGUACGGCUGCUCUCAGCGCUAUUACCAGUAUGCAGCACAUGACGACGGCGUCCUAUUUACGGUGGACAAAACCUGCUUUGAGCUUGUCCCCACACGUCACUCGUGGGCGUUAGCGGAAAACGACUGCAGAAACCGAGGAGGACAUCUUGCUACCAUCGACAGCGCUAUGAAACAAAGCGCCAUCUAUCAGGUGGUGAAAACGUACCAAGGCUCUAAUGUCUGGAUUGGUCUGCAUGAUAUUAACGUUGAGGAAAACUUUGAAUGGACGUCAGGUGAAGUGGUGAAUUACACAAACUGGUACCCUGGACGCAAGAACGUCUUUCUCCACUUUAGUCAGGACUGUGUUUCCGUAUGGCUGGGUACCCACCUUGGUCGUUGGGAGGACGAAUCGUGUUCGCAAACCCACGCCUACCUGUGCGAGUUCCCGGGUGUGCCAUCGAGUCAGACGUACACAACAUCUGCACCCGGAUCGGACGGAAACACACAUCUCUGUUCACCUCAAGUACGGAACCUUGCUCAACGCUAUGGUACUGCACUUGUCCAGCACGACAAGAGCUGCUAUGAACUGCUGCACAACCAGGUAACAUGGGGUCAUGCUGAGCAACUGUGUAAACAGGCAGGCGGGCACCUAGCCAAUAUUGGUGAUGCAUCUGAGCAAGCUUACAUACAGGACUUCAUGAUGAAGCACAAUCCAAACAGAGCUGUCUGGAUCGGACUUAAUGACCACUACACAGAAGGACAGUUCCACUGGACUAACGGUGCCGCGGUGACAUACACCAAUUGGAUAGCCGGACAUCAGGAUAACUUUGUAAACCACAACAUAGAGGACUGCGUUGCCUUAAUACCUUACAAGAACGGCACGUGGGACGACAUCUCUUGUGGGAGCCAAGGAUUCUUCGGGGACUCGGGAGAGACCCAUCUUGGAUUCUGCGAAUACCGUUUUGCACUUGGUGAAACAAUACAGUCAAAGACAAAAGGCAUUUGGGUUUGGUGUCGAGACCAUCCAAAACAGAAGGACACUGUUCUUAUACUUCUGGACACGGAAGGAUUGGGAGACGUUGAAAAGGGUGAUUCUAACCACGACAACCGCAUAUUCACACUUGCAACACUGCUGUGCAGCGUCCUGGUGUACAACAUGAAAGGGGCUUUUGAUCAAGAGGCUGUGAACAAACUCACGUAUCCUUUCGCUUUCAUUUAG